AUGUACCUCCCACGAGACCUGAUCUCACAUCUCUACACGAACCUCGUUCGCUCACAUCACGCGCACUCACCUGCAGUCCUGCUGCUUGUCGCUCUCGAGCCCGACUCGUUAUGCGCGUGCCGCAUCAUUACCGCCCUUCUACGUCGCGACUUCAUUCAACACAAGAUCCAGCCCGUAUCUGGCUAUGCAGACCUGGCCAAAGCCGGCGAAACCCUUGUCCGGCCCAUGAAGACCACUGAAGGGGGUAGUGGCGGACUGGUUAUAUGCCUGGGUGUCGGCGGACUGGUGGAUCUGGGCACCGUUCUGGGCCUGGAAGAUGAAGAUCUAAACGAAACAAUGUGCGGUGUCGAAGUAUGGGUUCUUGACGCGAGGAGACCGUAUAACCUGGACAAUGUGUUUGGCGGUAUGCCCAUCGAAGCGCCUUUGGAAGACGUGGUCAACGGCUCGAGACCGCGUGCUCGUGGCGUGGAGAAGGGGUGUCUUCAGAAAUCAUAUAAAUCCGGCAAGGGAGGCAUAAUAGUCUUUGAUGAUGGCGAUAUUGCCAGUGACCUCAACACCGAAAGAGACGCGUAUUGUGCAUUGGCAGAGAUGCCUGAAGUGCACGGCGAAGCGAGCGAUGAAGAAGACCUGGAUGACGACGGACAAGACACAGAACAUAGCUCACAAUCUAAGAAGCGAAAAUCGUGGUCCGAUCGAGACGGAGACGACGAAAACGAAGACACCGAAGAAGACGAAGAACGCCCCCGUCAAAGGCGAAGAAGCAACUCCGGCUCCUCAAUUGCGACCUCCCGAAGCAGAAGCAGAAGCAAGACACCAUCCUCCUCCCAACCGACUUCCCCAUCCUCGAAACCACAAUCUCCGAAACACCAAACAGCUAAACAACUUCGGCAGCGACUACGAAGGUUGCGAGAAGAGCAUGAAUCGGUCCUCCGACAAUACAACAGUCUAGGUACAUCCUACUCCGAGCCGGUCUCGACCUUGGCGUACUCUCUCGCCACGGAUCUUGGUCGCGAAGACAACGACAUCCUCUGGCUGGCAAUCAUUGGGGUGACAUCGCUCGAACUCUCGGGCCAUACGUCGACAGGUUUGGGCACCUCCGUAUCACGAAGCACAGCCUUGACCACCGAGCAACACCGCGGCUGGCGCAUGACGCGCUCAUCCCAAACCUAUGCUCUCCUCCGGGACGAAGUAAGACGUCUGAAUCCCCCACCCGCAGACCAGUCGCCCACGAUAUCCCCCGCCACAGGCACAAGCUCACCCAGCGACACAUCCAUCCGAUUGACGCCCGAUCCGCGCUUCCUCCUGCUGAGACAUUGGUCUCUAUAUGAUAGCAUGCUGCAUUCCCCUUACCUCGCUGCGCGCCUGCACGUGUGGAACGAAUCAGGCACCAAACGACUCCACAAGCUUCUCGCCAAGAUGGGUGUGUCAUUGACGCAAUGCAAGCAAACGUAUACUCACAUGGACAUGGAGUUGAAGAAGACACUUCGCGACCGCCUUUUAAAGUACGCAGGCGUUUAUGGUCUGGACGACCUCGUACCGUCCGGCACCGGGAGAGCUUCCUACGAGCAAGAAGGCUGGGGCUUCAUCCGCUCGUGGGGCUGGAAGGCUCAACUCUCAGCCGUGGAUGUAGGAGUUAUAGUGGGUGCAAUUCUGGACGUCGGCCCAACUGCAACGCCAUCAGCCUCGUCCAACGCUGCGUCGUACUCGCAAGCGUCCCAACUCUCCACCCAGGAAGACGUUCCCGACCGUUCCACGCUUCUUCUCCCACGCUUCUUUGCCGCGUAUGAUGCCCUCAAUCCCACUUCCCCCAGCAAACUCCUCGACGCGAUCUCCGCCGCACAACACCUCCUUCGCUCGAUCCUGCGAACUGGCUCCUCUCUAUUACAAAAGCAUCAGAUCCGCCAUCUUCGUGCGUUCAGAAUGGGCGUGGUCAAAGAGGGACCCGAUCUACCGCUGUUCGCGGGGAGUCCCGGUGCAUUGGUCAAGUUGGCGCUUUGGGUGGGCGAGGCGAUCGCGGUGCAGGAGAGAGAAAAAUCGGGUGGUGGAGAUGGAUCAUUACCGACGCCGUUGGUGCUUGCGGCGUUGGAUGAACAAAGAGGCACGUAUGUGGUUGUGGGCACGGGAGGGGGCAUUGGUGGAGGGGAGGACAUCGAAGGGCGAAAGGAGCGGGAAGAGAAGCGGAAAAGACGGGAGGAAGAGAGAGAAAAGAAGAGGAAGGUGAGAGAGGAAAAACGGGCCGCCCGCAAAGCUCAACGAGAGUUACUUGGCGAGGACUCUGACGCCGAAGCCGAAGACGAGGACACGGAAUCUGAAUCAGAACCCGAGUCCGAGUCUGAGGAUGAGGAGAUCGAUGAAGCGGAGCUGGAAAAGAGACGCAAGCGAGGAUACGGCCACAAUCGCUUUGGCAUUGCGUUCCAGGAGGUUGUGGAGGAGACGAACGCCAGGGUCAGGAUCGAUAGUUUCGAUCACUGUAUCGUCGAAGUCAAGAAGGAGGAUCUAGCUGGGUUUUUGGAAGGGUUGAGCUUGAAGGCCGUUGUUGGGCGGUAG